UGGCCGCUGCCGCGCGCCGUGCAGCUGUCCCCGCGCCUGCUGCAGCUUGCGCCCGAGAGCUUCUCCAUCGGUCACGGCGCCGGCUCCACAGCCGGCCCCGCCUGCGCGCUGCUGCAGGAGGCCUUCCGGCGAUAUUAUGACUAUAUGUUCAGUUCCUACAAGAUUCGUCGAGGCCUUGGUAAAGUUAAAGGGGGAACACAGUUACAGCAACUUCUUGUCACCAUCACCCAGGAGUCAGAGUGUAACUCUUUCCCCAGUGUGUCUUCAGAUGAGUCCUAUACCUUAACUGUGCUAGAGCCAGUGGCUUCCCUCAAGGCCAACAAAGUCUGGGGAGCGCUGCGAGGUUUAGAGACUUUUAGCCAGUUAGUUUAUCAAGAUUCUUUUGGGGCUUUUACUGUUAAUGAAGCCAACAUUACCGAUUCUCCAAGGUUUCCUCAUCGAGGGAUUUUAAUUGAUACAUCCAGACACUACUUGCCGCUUAAGAGUAUCCUUAAAACUCUGGAUGCCAUGGCUUUUAAUAAGUUUAAUGUUCUCCACUGGCACAUAGUCGACGACCAGUCCUUCCCUUAUCAAAGCAUCACUUUUCCGGAGCUAAGCAAUAAAGGAAGCUAUACCUUGUCUCACGUUUAUACACCAAAUGAUGUCCGUAAGGUGCUUGAAUAUGCCCGAUUACGAGGAAUUCGAGUCAUACCAGAAUUUGAUAGCCCUGGACAUACACAGUCUUGGGGAAAAGGUCAGAAAGACCUUCUGACUCCAUGUUAUAAGGGACAGAUACCUUCAAACAGUGCUGGGCCUAUCAACCCUAUGCUAAAUACAACUUACACGUUCCUUACUAUGCUUUUCAAAGAAAUCAGUAACGUGUUUCCAGAUGAGUUCAUUCACUUGGGAGGCGAUGAAGUGGAAUUUGAUUGUUGGGCAUCAAAUCCAAAUAUCCAAAGUUUCAUGAAGAAAAAAGGCUUUGGGCACGAUUUUACAAAACUAGAAUCUUUCUAUAUGCAAAAGCUUUUGGCUAUUAUUUCAUCCAUGAACAAGAGAUCCAUUGUUUGGCAAGAGGUUUUUGAUAAUAAAGACAAGCUUCAACCAGGCACAAUAAUUCAAGUAUGGAAAAUUGAAAAAUAUGCAUUUGAACUAAGUCAAGUCACAGCAUCUGGCUUCCCUGCGAUCCUUUCUGCUCCUUGGUACUUAGAUAUAAUUAGCUAUGGGCAAGACUGGAGAAAAUACUACUUAGUGGAACCACUUGAUUUUCAAGGUUCUGACAAACAGAAAAAACUUGUUCUUGGUGGAGAAGCUUGUCUUUGGGGAGAAUAUGUGGAUGCAACUAAUCUUACUCCAAGACUAUGGCCUCGGGCGAGUGCUAUUGGCGAGAGACUCUGGAGUGACAAGGAUGUCAAAGAUCUUACUAAUGCCUAUGACAGACUAUCAAGGCAUCGCUGCAGAAUGCUCAGACGUGGAAUCUCUGCCCAGCCUCUUUAUGUUGGAUUUUGCGACUAA